AUGAGAAGGCAAGAGGGCACAGGAAAGCUGGACGAAUGGAAAUGGGAACCCAAAAUCGAGAAGGUUCUUCUUGCUUUGUUGGUGAUUGUGUCACUUGGAUUAGGCCUAGGACUUGGACUCAGGAAACCAGAGACACAAGGCAGCUGCAGGAGGAAAUGCUUUGACUCAUCAUUUAGAGGGCUGGAGGGCUGCCGGUGCGACGCGGGAUGUAAAGAUCGAGGCGACUGCUGCUGGGAUUUUGAAGACACCUGUGUGGAAUCAACUCGAAUAUGGACCUGCAAUAAAUUCCGUUGUGGGGAGACCAGACUAGGAUCUAGCCUUUGCUCUUGCUCGGAUGACUGUUUGCAGAAGAAAGACUGCUGUACUGAUUAUAUGAGUGUUUGUCAAGGAGAAACAGGAUGGGUGAAAGAAGAGUGUAGCACGGCCGAGCAGUCUCAGUGUCCAGAAGGGUUUGACUUGCCACCAGUUAUCUUGUUUUCCAUGGAUGGCUUCAGGGCUGAGUAUUUACAAACAUGGCAUACGUUAAUGCCUAAUAUUAAUAAAUUGAAAACAUGUGGAGUUCAUUCAAAAUACAUGAGAGCUGUCUAUCCAACCAAAACCUUCCCAAAUCAUUACACCAUUGUCACAGGCUUAUAUCCGGAAUCACAUGGCAUCAUUGACAAUAAUAUGUAUGAUGUAAACCUCAACAAGAAUUUUUCACUUUCAUCAGCAGAGAAACAGGAUCCAGUCUGGUGGGGUGGACAGCCACUCUGGCUGACAGCAAUGUACCAAGGUUUAAAAGCGGGUACCUACUUUUGGCCAGGAUCAGAUGUGGCUAUAAAUGGCACCUUUCCUUCCAAAUAUAUGUUAUAUAGAAAUAGUGUUUCAUUUGAAGAGAGGCUCUUUACGUUGUUAAAAUGGCUGGAUCUGCCCAAAGCUGAAAGACCCAAUUUUUAUGCCUUAUAUGUGGAAGAGCCUGAUUCAGCAGGACAUAUAGGUGGACCAGUCAGUGCCAGUGUAAUUCAAGCCUUGCAAUUGGUAGAUCAAGCUUUUGGAAUGUUGAUGGAAGGUCUAAAACAGCGGAACUUACACAAUUGUGUCAAUAUUAUCCUCUUGGCUGACCAUGGGAUGGAUCAGACUUCUUGUGACAAGUUGGAAUAUAUGACAGAUUAUUUUUCCCAAAUAAACUUCUACAUGUAUGAAGGGCCUGCACCUCGUAUCAGGUCUGGUAAUAUACCUCAAGACUUCUAUAGCUUUAACUCUGAAGGAAUUGUUAAGAACCUCAGUUGCCGAAAAUCUGACCAGCAUUUCAAACCAUAUUUGACUCCUGAUUUACCAAAACGACUGCACUAUGCCAAAAAUGUCAGAAUUGACAAAGUUCAUCUUAUGAUGGAUCAGCAGUGGCUGGGUGUGAGGAGUAAAGCAUUUACAUCCUGUGGAGGAGGCAAUCACGGUUACGACAACGAGUUUAAGAGCAUGGAGGCUAUCUUUCUGGCACAUGGACCCAGUUUUAAAGAGAAGACUGAAGUUGAACCAUUUGAAAAUAUUGAAGUCUAUAACCUAAUGUGUGAUCUUCUACACAUUCAACCAGCACCAAACAAUGGUACCCACGGUAGUUUAAACCAUCUUCUGAAGGCACCUUUUUAUAAGCCAUCCCACCCAGAGGAAGUGUCAAAGUCUUCUGUUUGCAGAUUUACUAAUCUGCUGCCCACAGAUUCUCUAGACUGCUCAUGCUCUGAGCUACAAAACAAUACUGUUCUAGAACACGUGAAUCAAAGGCUAAAUCUCACCUCAAAUGAAAUAACAGCAACAGAGAAAGAAAAUAUGCCAUUUGGCAGGCCCAGGGUUAUGCAGAAGAACAAGGAACACUGUCUCCUUUACCACAGAGAAUAUGUGAGUGGAUUUGGAAAAGCUUUCAGGAUGCCCAUGUGGAGCUCAUAUACAACCCCUAAGCCAGGAGACACUUCGCCUCUUCCUCCCCCUGUCCCAGACUGUCUGCGGGCUGAUGUCAGGGUCGCUCCUUCUGAGAGCCAAAAAUGUUCCUUCUAUUUAGCAGACGAGAAUAUCACCCACGGCUUCCUCUAUCCUCCUGCAAACAACAGAACUUCUGAUGGUCAAUAUGAUGCUUUAAUUACAAGUAAUUUGGUCCCUAUGUAUGAAGAAUUCAAAAAAAUAUGGCAUUACUUCCAUAAUGUUCUUCUUAUAAGAUUUGCUGUGGAAAGAAACGGAGUAAAUGUGGUUAGUGGACCAGUAUUUGAUUAUAAUUAUGAUGGCCAUUUUGAUGCUUCAGAUGAAAUUACAAAACAUGUAGGCAACACCAGUGUUCCCAUCCCAACACACUACUUUGUGGUGCUGACUAGUUGUAAAAACAAAAGCCACACUCCUAACGACUGCCCUGGGUGGUUGGACGUCCUACCCUUCAUCAUCCCUCACCAACCUACCAACAUGGAGAGCUGUCCUGAAGAUAAGCCAGAGGCUGUUUGGAUCGAAGAAAGAUGGCAUGCACAUAUUGCCCGGGUCAGAGAUGUAGAACUUCUUACUGGACUUGACUUUUAUCAGGAAAAAGCACAGCCUGUCUCUGAGAUUCUGCAACUAAAGACUUAUUUACCCAUACUUGAAACCCUUAUUUAACUGAUUAUAUAACACAAAUUUGGCAAAAUGUGGGUGAUUUUCUUUGUCAAAGAAUCAUGAAAUAGAGUUUUCUAUUUUUCCUUAACUCCUUUCCGUGUUGCAUAGUUUUCAUUAGUCCCUCCCCUCUUUUUCAUUUGUAUGGAUGUGUAUUAUUUUAAAUUUACAUUUUUUUUUUGCACAGUUUUUACCCUGUUGUAUUGCAAAAACAGCAUGGGAGCAGAGCCUGACCUGACCUCUAACUUCACAAGGGGAGAAGAAUCAAGACCAACAGCCCAAGGCUGAUUCCUAUGAGGCAGAGGUCAGACCUGCCUCCUCUCUCCACCAUCUUUAACAGAUCUGACACCAGCCGUCCCUCCUUCUCCAAUCUUUACUUUGCUGCUGGGUUUGAUAAUUCAUUACAAUGGCCAUACAGAACUCACAGACAAUACUCAUGAUUAUAAGGUUUAUUAGGGAAGUAACAGGUUACAAUUUAGGUUCAGGAAUGCUCAGGGUACAGUUCGUCCAUCAGGACAGCACUUUCCCAGGCAUACUAGCAAACUCACCUCUUUAAAGUGCUAAAAAGCAAAGGUGUCACUUUAAGGACUAAGGUGCACCUGACCCAAGCCAUAGUGUUUUCAGUCACCUCAUAUGCAUGCAAAAGUUGGGCAAUGAAUAAGAAAGACCAAAGAAGAAUUGACGCCUUUAAAAUAUGCUGUUGGCAAAGAAUAUCGAAUAUGCCAUGGACCGCCAAAAGAAUGAACAAAUCUGCCUUGGAAGAAGUGCAGCCACAAUACUCCUUGGAAGCAAAGAUGGCAAGACUGCAUCUCUCAUACCUUGGAUGGGUUAACCAGGAGGGACCAGUCCCUGGAGAAGGACAUCAUGCUGGGUAAAAUAGAGUGUGAGUGAAAGACAGGAAGACUCCCAACGAGAGGGUUUGACACACUGGCUACAAUGGGCUCAAGCAUAACAAUGAUUGUGAGGAUGGCUCAGGAACAGGCAGUGUUUUGUUCUGUUGUACACAGGGUCACUAUGAGUUGGAAUCCACUGGAUAAAAAAAAAAAAAGAUAGCACCUGACAACAAUGUUUAAAAAUACUCUGAAGGGAGGUACAUCAAUGAUUUAGCUGGUCAGGGAAUUAUGGGGGGUUUUCAACUGCUGCUUUAUAACUUUCAAUAUUUAGUCUACAUUUUACACUUAGCUUGUAUUGUUUUAAAAACUGGAGAGUGUAAACAAAAAAGUUAGUUGCAUUUCUUCUAAAUAUUUAUUUUGAAAAAAUUUCCAAUUUACAGAAAGCUGCAAAGACAGUGUAAAGAACUCUUGUGUAACCUUCACGUAGCUCCGCUAAUAGUUAACAUUCUCACUAUGCAUAUUUAUAUAUCUUUUUUUUUCUUCUGAGCCCUUUGAGAGUACAUUGCAGUCAUCGUAUCCUUUUUCCCCUCUAUAUUUCUGUGUGUGUUUUCUAAGUUUAAGAACAUCACCUAACACAGCCACAGUCAGGGAACUUAGUGUUGAUACAAAACCCACUGCGGUCCAGUUGAUUCUGACUCAUAGCGACCCUGUAGGACAGAGUAAAACUGCCCCUUAGGGUUUCCAAGUCUGUAGUCUUUAACAGAAACAGACUGCCACAUCUUUCUCUCAUGGAAUGGCUAGUGGGUUCAGGCCGCCAACUUUAUUAUCCUAUUUUCAGACCCAAUUAAAUUUUUUCUAAAAUGCUCAACAGUUUCCUUUAGAAUAUUUUCUUUUCUGGUCCUGAGCCCAAAAUAUUCAUUUUAUUAAGUGUGUUUUUUUUCCCCUCUUUGGUUCCUUAAAAUGUACAAGUUCCUCAGACUACUAAAUAAUGCUGACAUUUUUAAGAGUUCAGGUCAUUUAUUUGGUGACCUCUCCUCGAGUUGGGUUUUUCUAAUGUGGCAUUUGCUCAUGAUUAGAUUCAGGUUCUGCAUUUGGCAGGAAUGAGUACAUUAGCGAUUGCAAGUCCUCAGUGUAUCACACCUGAAAGCUCAUGAUGUCAGUUUGUCCUAUUGUUUGUGAUGUUAACUUUGAUCCCUUGGUUAAGUUGGUGUUUAUCACGCUUCUCCUUGGUAAAGAUAGUACUUUUUUUCCCCUUCUUAAUUUAUAAGUUAUUUGAUCCUCUUUUUCAUUACAUUUUCACCCACUGGCUUUAGUAUCCAUUAGUAGUAUUAAUAAUUCUUCCCCGAUUGAAUUUUUGCUAUGAUGGGUGCAAGAGGCAAUUUUUAAAAAACUCCAUCAGAGGGACAUCGUGCUUGGUAAAGUACAGGGUCAGCAGAAAAGAGGAAGACCCUCAACGAGAUGGAUUGACACAAUGGCUGCAAUAAUGGGUUCAAGCAUUGUAAGGAUAGCACAGAACCGGGCAGUGUUUCAUUCUGAACUGAGUCGACGGCACCUAACAACAACAAAUCAGCCUGAGACCAGAAGAACUAGAUGGUGCCCAACAACAACAACACAUCAGCUUGAAACUAGAAGAACUAGAUGGUGCCUGGCUACAACUGAUGACUGCCCUGACAGGGAACACAACAGAGAAUCGUUGAUGGAGCAGGAGAACAGUGGAAUGCAGACCUCAAAUUCUUAAAAAUACCGGACUUAAUGGUCCGACUGAGACUAGAAGUGUCUCAGAGGUCAUAGUCCCCGGACCUUCUUUUAGCCCAAGACUGGAACCAUUCCCAAAGCUAACUCUUCAGACAGGCAUUGGACUGGACUAUAAGACAGAAAAUGAUAGUGGUGAGGAGUGAGCUUCUUGGCUCAAGUAGACACAUGAGACUAUGUGGGCAGCUCCUGUCUGGAGGUGAGAUGAGAAGGCAGAAGGGGACAAAAGCUGACUGAAUGGACACGGGGAAUAUAGGGUGGAGAGGAGGAGUGUGCUGUCUUAUAAGGGGGAGAGCAACUAGAAGUACAUAAAAAAAAAAAAUUUUUUUUUCAAGGUAUUUAUAAAUUUUUGUAUGAGAGCCUGACUUGAUUUGUAAAUUUCCACUUAAAGCACAAUAAAAAAAUGCAUCAUUCUUCCAUCAUUUAUUAGCAUUCUGUUGUAAGGAAAAGUGUUACCUUUUCUUUAUAGUAUAAAUAAAUUUCUUUAUUUAUAUAUUUAUUGGAGCCCUGGAGAUGCAGUGGUUAAGAGUUCAGCUGUUAACAAAUUAAUGGUCGGCAGUUCGAAUCCACCAGCCACUUCUUGGAAACCCUAUGGGGGCAGUCCUACUAGGGUUGUUAUUAGCAUUCUAUUGUAAGGAAAAUGUGUUUUCUUUGUAGUAUAAUUUUUUUUAUAUAUGUUUAUUAGUAGUAUAAACUCAAUGGGUUCUUUUUUCCCCAAUGGAUUAAAAUCCAUUAUAAUCAUUAUUUAUUUUAAUACUUGGAUUGUCUUAGAUUUGGCCUACUGAAGUUUGCUUAAGUUGGCUCCUAGGGGUUUUUGAUAUAGCAACAUCAUUUGUGAACAUUUAUUUAUUUUUUUUAGAUACAAAAAGAUGUUUCAGACUCAUCUUGUGCUUUCACUGCUCCAACUUUGGAACCAGCCAUUUCUCCAAGAAGUCCUGGUUCCAUUUAGUGCAUGUUGGGUGACUGAAUUGCUUCAAGAAUAUCAUUGCAUCUAAGUCCUUUUAGUCAACAAAAGUAGGAUCUAUAUCUAUGUCUCUAUGUCUGUGUUUCUCUAUAUCUAUCUCUUUUUAUAUUUACAUGUAUAAAAAGCCAUAAGCUCACUUACCAUUCAAUACUACAUAGUUCUUCCUAACCUUUCCUCGUUUCAUAAUUGUAUCUUCCUUCUCUAACAGCAAGAAACUUG